AUGGAUGUAUGUCUGUGUCUACUACCACCACCCUCCAAUGCUUGCCUUGCUGUUUUCACUGUCAUGCCAAUAUCCCUCAACUUCGUUGAAUCAAGAUGCGAGCCAGAUGAUUGUUGCUGCCAUGAUUCCAGUCUGCUAAAAGAAACAGACAUCCCAGGCAAGAACCAAAAACCCGGUGCUCUUACAGCAAAAUGGUUCUUCCCAGAAGAAACCCAGCUGUCGCAAUGUGCCUUCCAUCUUCAACGUGAACGUGAGGCUCUUUUUGCUGCCUAUGCAUCCUUGCAUCCUGACCAAAGCAACCCAUCUGGAAGUAGCAAAAUUCCUGUUACAGAAACCAACAAAGAUUACCCACUGUCCACACCCCCUCUGCACCAUCUAACCACACUGACCACUCCAACACGCACAUCCGAUCUUGCCCCUCCACCUGGCACUCCUCUCACUGACCGUUGGCGAGUGGCCCUAUUUGCUCAAGAGUGCUGUGGUGUGUCUCUCAUUGCAGAAGCGCUCAUGGAAUCCGAGGAGGAAACUGGUCAUCCCGAUCUCCUUGAACCUUUGAUGGACGACAAUUGGGAGGAUCCAACAGAUCCUUUCACAAAUGUUGAACUUCCUGGGCCUUCACCUCCUCCUCAAGAACCAGCCACAGCUUCUGUAGAAGUGCUUUGCCCUUCAAUUGUGACAGGCGUCCCAGACAUCAAGAUGAUGGAGAAUACACCUGAUCCAUUUUGUUGA